AUGGCUACUAUUCAACAAACACCUAUGCUGGGGGUGACCCCAGGCAUGACUCAAGGUCUAAAGUCUUCGACCGAGCAUGUUGAGCAUGUCGAGCGCGUGGAAGAUAAAGCUUCUUUGAUCCAAAAGACAAGUUUGCUUGGGUUGAAAAAUAUUGAGACAGAAGCAUAUGUGGUGGACAAGUUGAACGCUGACUUUGAGCUGGUUCCUAUCAUUCUUGAUGAGAUUCGACCAAAUGAGGUUCUUGUUGAGAUGAAGUACAGUGGAGUGUGCCAUACCGAUAUAGUAACACAACAGGGAGGUCUUCCCUUCGUUGAGUUUCCUGCCAUUUUCGGUCACGAAGGAGCUGGUGUAGUCCGCGACAUUGGAAGAGACGUCAAGAUCAAAGACCUAGCAAUUGGUGACGCAGUUCUCCUCUCAUUCAAUCAUUGUGGAUCAUGCAAGACCUGUACGAGCGGUCAUCCUGCACUCUGCCCAGAAUCGUCAAUGAUCAACAUCAAUUCUGUACGGGUAAGCGACCGCAGCACACCAGCUCGGCUGGCUUCCGAUGGCCGUGCUGUCCGGAGUCAAUUCUUCGGGCAGUCCUCAUUCUGCAAAAUGUCUGUUGUCAACGAGAAAUCAGUGGUCCGGUGCCCACCGUCGGCGGUCGAGCACAUGGGUGUCUAUGCCCCACUCGGAUGCGGACUCCAGACCGGCGCCGGAACGGUCAUGAACGUCGUCAAGCCGGGCAAAGAAGACUCCAUUAUCAUUUUCGGACUCGGAAGUGUGGGUCUUGCGGCGUUGAUGGCGGCACGCUACCUCGAAACCGGGCAGAUUAUUGCCGUCGAUAUUGUUCCCGAACGCCUCGUGCUUGCAAAGGAGCUUGGAGCCACACACACAAUCAACUCGAGGGAAUGCAGCGAUGUAGUCCAGGAGAUCAAGAAAAUCAGCAACGGGGGUCCAACAUUCGCUGUAGAAUGCACUGGAAUCUUGAAGGUCAUUGAAGACAUGAUUGCUUGCAUCGGUCCCCUGGGUACAGCUGUCCAAGUUGGGGUACCGCCCCCAGGAGCCACAAUCAAGCUCGACCCGCAAGAGUUCCUGAUUGGGAACAAGAAAUAUGUUGGCAUAAUUGAGGGAGACGCGGUUCCUGCAGAGUUCAUUCCCAGAUUGAUCUCCAUGCACCAAGAAGGCAGAUUCCCCAUCGACAAGUUAGCUGGGUUUUACCCAGCAUCACAGUUGAACCAUGCCAUACAAGAAAUGGCUGCCGGAAAAGUCAUCAAGCCAGUGAUUCAAUGGAUUUAG